UGCCAUGGGCUCCUUCCCAGGUUCAUCUCCUGUACAGAGCUGCCCCUGCUUGAGGUGUUGGACUGCAGCUCCCAGCAGCCUCUCCUUUGGCCAGAGGGGCAUUGGCUGCUGGGAGAGAGAGCCAGGGCUGCUUUCAGGUAAAGACAGCCCUUCCCCCGGUUUGUUGCUUGUAAGGGCUUUCACUUCAAGUGGUUUGUAUGGGGUGAACGUCCAUUGAGCCUGGAGAGACCUACAAAGGCGGGACAGAACCAAAGGGAGCAGCGCCAGGAAGAGGCGCCUGGGGCCCGCAUGGCCCACCCCGCGCCGGGCCUCAGCUUAGGCUCCUGGGCCACAAGGGGCCACCGGGGGCCUCUGUCUGUCUAUCUCCCGGAGGCAGGGCGGCCCAGGGCAGCCUUAUCGGGCCCAGAUGGCGGAGGGAGGGAGGGAGCUGCCCCCGGGCUCCUCUUGGGCUCUGGCGGAGCCACUCCCGGUCCCGCCCAGCAGGGCCCGGGGCUCCGGUCUUCCUGGGCAGCAGGGCCACCCAGAGCCUCCCUCCUCGAGGGCAGCGUUUGUGCGGAACCCAAAGGCAGAGCAGGCGGACAGACCCCGCCGCAAAGGGCUGCACCUGAGCAGGAAGUGGGCGGAAGGCACUUCCGGGGGCGGGGCGGGGCCUCCACUGACUGCGCGUGCGCGGACGCGGCGGCGCCGGCCUUGAAAGUGCUUCGGGCGCAUGCGCGGGGCCCGCUCUAGCCCUGGCUGCGCCGCCUACGGUCCCUGGAGCUGCGGCGGCAGAGGAUGGCGGAGGAGCGCUCCAGCCCCAUCAGCGUCAUCCUCGUCAGCUCCGGCAGCCGCGGCAACAAGCUCCUCUUCCGCUUCCCCUUCCAGCGCGGCCCCGCCAACCCCGCCGCCAGCACCGGGAAGCCGCGGAGCAGGUACGCAGUGAACAGCAUUGGCGACAGCGUGGAAGACCCGGAUGGCGACGCCAGAGAGCCAUGUCCUCUCACUGAGGAGCAGGUGGUGUCAGGGUUUUCGGACGUCAUCCUGGCAACAAUUCUGGCUACCAAGUCGGACAUGUGUGGCAAAAAGUUUGAGUUGAAGAUAGACAAUGUCCGUUUUGUGGGCCACCCCACUCUGCUGCAGCAUGGCUUUGGACAGAUUUCCAAGACAGACCCCUCCCCAAAGAGAGAGAUGCCCACCAUGAUUCUCUUCAACGUUGUCUUUGCCUUAAGGGCCACAGCUGACCCCUCGGUGAUCAACUGCCUGCACAACCUCUCCCGGCGGAUCGCUAUUGUCCUCCAGCACGAGGAGCGACGCUGCCAGUACCUCACCCGUGAGGCCAAGCUCAUCCUAGCCAUCCAGGAUGAAGUGUCGGCCAUGUCAGAAACCACAGAAGGCCCCCAGUCGCCCUUCCUCCACAUCCUUCCCAAGUGCAAGCUGGCCAGAGACCUCAAGGAGGCUUAUGACAGCCUCUGCACAACGGGGGUUGUCCGGCUGCACAUCAACAGCUGGUUGGAAGUGAGCUUCUGCCUCCCUCACAAGGUCCACGAUGUUGCCUCCCAUUUCAUCCCACCAGAGGCCAUUGAGAGGAGCCUGAAGGCUAUUCGACCUUACCAUGCCCUGCUGCUAUUGAAGGAUGAGAAAUCCCUCCUCAAUGAUCUCCCGCUGGACUGCUCCCCAGCACUGGUGCGUGUCAUCAGGACCACCUCUGCUGUGAAGAACCUACAGCAGCUGGCCCAGGAUGCUGACCUUGCGCUGCUCCAGGUGUUCCAGCUGGCAGCACACCUGGUCUACUGGGGGAAGGCCAUAAUCAUCUACCCAUUGUGCGAGAACAACGUCUACAUGCUCUGCCCCAAUGCCAGCCUUUGCCUUUACUCCCCUCUAGCUGAGGACUUCGCAUGUCAGUUCCCUGGCCAUGACCUGCCUUCCGUCCUCUCCAAGUUCUCCUUGCCCGUCUCCCUGGCAGAGUUCAAGGACCCCCUGGCUGCCCCUAUGCAGGAGACACAGCUCAUCCAGAUGGUGGUCUGGAUGCUUCAGCACCGGCUCCUCAUCCAGCUCCACACCUAUGCCUGCCUGAUGGUGCCUCCCAAGGAAGAAGACCCCCGCACCAGAGUGGAAGAGCCCCCCUUGGCUGCCCGGGUGGGGGGCCGCAGCCUCAGCACCCCCAACGCCCUCAGCUUUGGCUCUCCAACCAGCAGCGAUGACAUGACUCUCACCAGCCCCAGCAUGGACAACUCCAGCGCUGAGCUGCUGCCUGGUGGAGACUCCCCUGUGAACAAGCGCAUGACGGAGAACCUGCUGACCAGCCUCUCGGAGCAUGAGCGGGAAGCCAUUCUCAGUGUCCCGGCUUCCCACAACCCUGAGGAUCUGCGCAUGUUUGCCAGGCUGCUGCACUACUUCCGUGGGCGGCAUCACCUGGAAGAGAUAAUGUACAACGAAAACAUGCGCCGCUCCCACCUGCUGAUGCUCUUCGACAAGUUUCGCAGCGUCCUGGUCGUGACCAACCAUGAGGACCCCAUCAUCUCCGUCUUCCAGUCCUUCCACAAGUGAGAAGGAGGCAGAGACCCUCACUCUGACUAUGGGGGCCGGGGGCCAGUGUGGAUGGACUUCCUCCCUCUUCAAGAUGAAGGACUUGGGGCACCAGAGGGCGGGGGUGAUGGUGGGAGAGAAGGCUAGCCCCGGCUCUUGAGAUGCCAGCAACUAUGCCCACUUGUGCCAGGAAUUUCUUCUGGCUCUCCUGUUUGCACCAGGGUCAUGGGCAACGCCAGCCCUGCAGUGCUGCCUGUGUCUGUGAGGCAGCAGGAGCUAGUUGUUACCAAUGUGCCUGCUUAGGGGCAAAAGCCAUUAAUUCACUGUUGGUGGGGAAUGGGAAAUGUCUUUAAGCCCUGCUGUGAAAAUACACCCUGAAUGCUUCCUC